AUGCCGACUCCUUCAGUGCUCCUCGAGACACUUCUUCCCGUGAACGCCGUUAGGCUUGGACGCCUUGUCCUCGAUGUUCGAAACCCAGAACAAGAUUUCUUCGAGCCCGACGAAUCUACUACUAAAGUCGUUAUUGCUCAACAGCUCGACAACUUCAGCUAUUCUUCAAAACAGGGGGCAUCUUCCGGCCUCCAUUUAAUACUCUCAACUCUCAUCUCUGGACAACGCAGUUCCGAAAAUUGCUCCAAAAUCGACCUCUCAUCCUCCAUCUGCAUCACUCGUCGGCUCGAAAACUCUGGCCAAUUCUUUGGACAGCUAUGCGAGGAUAGCAAGACCAGAUAUUGGCUAGAGCGGGCACUUAGGAAGAGACAAGACGUUUAUCUUGUCACUGGGACGAGAACAGUCGCGGAUGCUAAGAUUGGCAUAACUGAAAGCAAAAGCAGGUCCUCGGAAGGGAAAGCCCAAGUACCAGCAAGCCUGGCCGCAGGUGCGGUAGGGAUUCCUUUCCCUGAUGGCGUUUUGGAUAUCGGUACCGAGAUAAAGCGAUCCGUGGAUGGUUCCGAUCAAACAGACUUCGUUGCUCCUGGAGAGCAGAUCUUUGCUGUUCAAUAUCGCAAGGUACGCGUGUCUUGGUUCUCCAACAAGGAUGUAGACCGCGCAUCCCUUGAAUCUGGCAAUCGCUGGAAAGUCUACCUGGGAGCUAGAGGAGAAGGUGAUGAAGCUGCUGAAAAGGUUGUGGAUAUGCAAGUGGGAGAUUACGUUCAGAAUGAGGAUUUUGAUGAAAGUUAUGAAUUGUUAGAUGGUAACGGUGAUACGUAUCUGCGUUUCUAG